AUGUGUCUACUGGUCAAAGAAAGAGCUUGUAGAAGGAGUUUUAAUCAAUUAAGAAAUUUUGCAACUGUUAGCCGUUUUUUUGAUCCUAAAAAUGAUGUAGCUUUCAAAAAACUUUUUGGGGAGAAACAUAAUCAACAAAUUUUAUUAAGUUUUUUAAACUCUAUAUUAAGACGAAAGGGGGAUGAUAUGAUUCAAGAAGUUAGUUUAUUGCCUCAAGAGCAAUUUCCCCAAUUUGAAGAUACUAGAAAGACUAUUUUAGAUGUUUUGUGUCGUGAUAAAAAAGGACAUAGAUACAUUGUUGAAAUGCAAAACAAAAGACUCGGCUCAUUCAUUCAAAGAAUGGAAUAUUAUGCCUCACGAACUUAUUCUGAUCAACUUUUUAAAAAUGUAAAUUAUUUCGAACUUAAACAAGUAAUUCUACUUGCUAUCGCGAAUCAUAAUAUUUUUCCUAGCGAGGUUAAAUAUGUUAGUUUUUAUUAUAAUCGAGAAGAGGAGACAAACAAAUGUUUUUUACCAAAUCUUUCUUAUGCAUUUGUUGAACUUCCGAAAUUCACUAAAUGCAGAGAACAACUCGAAACUACUGAGGAUUAUUGGGUACAUUUAUUGAAGGAAGCUUCCGAAGAACAGGAACCUCCAGAAAGAGCGCCUAAUGAGAUUCAAGAGGCUUAUGGUAUUCUUGAAAGACAUCGUUGGAAUCCGGAGGAUAAUCUCUUAUACGAAAAGACCAGGAUGGCACUUUUAGAUGAUGAAUAUGCAAUUAGAACUGCUAAAGACGAAGGUAGAAGCGAAGGUAGAAAAGAACGUAACGAAGAAAUUGCACGUGAAGCUUUGAAAGAUGGUUUAUCUGUUGAACGUAUUUCAAAGAUUACAGGUUUAUCAAUUUCAAUAAUUAAGGAGCUAAACAAUCAAUAA